CAUUAUGUGAGGGAGGCAGUCAGUCCUCAUUCCCCUGAAUGCCUGCUACUGUGAUGAGCCAAUUCUCUCCCCGCCACCAGACGUUGUGGCCCCUUCACUCUCUAAUACCCACGGCUCUCCCACUCGCUCCAGCCCAUAGCCUAUAUCUCUGUAUUCACUCCGUAAGCCGUCUCCCCCUGUUACUAACUGCCCUCUCGCACUCCCCAGCAGUCUCUCCGCCCCUUUCUCCGUACGGACAGAGUGUUGCCUGAGACUGCGGCCCGCACUGCCUCCCUGUGCCCGGCCUCUCCUCUCUCCUUCUCCCUGUGCCCGGCCUCUCCUCUCGCCAUCUCCCGCAGGCCGCGGCCUCAUUGCGCAUGAGCGAGAUCGUGGAGAGCCCGUGAGAGCGGAAAGCGCCACUCACACUCACCGGGAGGCCGAGCACCAACAUGAACAAGUUGAAAUCCUCGCAGAAAGAUAAAGUUCGUCAGUUUAUGAUUUUCACACAAUCAAGUGAAAAGACUGCCGUGAGUUGCCUGUCCCAGAAUGACUGGAAGCUAGAUGUUGCCACAGACAACUUUUUUCAAAACCCAGAACUCUAUAUAAGGGAAAGUGUAAAGGGGUCCUUGGACAGAAAAAAACUAGAGCAGCUUUAUAACAGAUACAAAGAUCCUUUGGACGAAAAUAAAAUCGGGAUAGAUGGCAUCCAACAGUUUUGUGAUGAUUUAGCCCUUGAUCCAGCCAGCGUCAGUGUACUAAUCAUUGCAUGGAAAUUCCGAGCAGCAACACAGUGCGAGUUUUCAAAGCAAGAGUUUAUGGAUGGAAUGACAGAAUUAGGAUGUGACAGCAUAGAGAAGUUAAAAGCACAAUUACCAAAAAUGGAACAAGAGUUAAAAGAGCCAGGGCGAUUUAAGGAUUUUUAUCAGUUUACAUUCAACUUCGCAAAGAAUCCAGGGCAGAAAGGUCUAGAUUUAGAAAUGGCCAUUGCUUACUGGAAUUUAGUACUAAGUGGAAGAUUUAAAUUCCUAGAUUUGUGGAACAAGUUUUUAUUGGAACACCAUAAACGAUCAAUACCUAAGGACACAUGGAACCUUCUUCUAGAUUUCAGUACAAUGAUAGCAGAUGACAUGUCAAACUAUGAUGAAGAAGGAGCAUGGCCAGUUCUCAUCGAUGACUUUGUGGAAUUUGCACGUCCUCAAAUUGCAGGGACAAAAAGUACAACAGUGUAGCACUAAGGAACCUUAUAGAAUGUACAUAGUCUGUACAAACUGACGCAACACAAAUUUGCACAGUCAGUUUCUUCUGACUGGAUUGAACUGAACAUCAGCCUUCACAGCAGUUCCAGAGGGUUGAAAGACAUUAUGGAGACAUCUUAAGACCAUAUCCUACUUGUUCUUUUGGUGGUUUGGGCCUCUUUGCUAGCCUGGAGCGCAAUUCUCACUUCAUGUUUCCAAACUGUGGAAUUCAUCGCAUAUCUAUGGAACCUGUUUACUCUCCCAUAAAUUUUAGAUACCCCCUUGGCGUUUUCACAUAAAGCACAAUGUCGCCUUCAUCUGCUAACAUCAUCACAGCCAUGGUGAAGCUACUUCCAACCUGUUUUUUUUUAUGCUCUUGGACAACACAGAUUGCGCCUCAUAAAUAAUGAUUUGUCUAUCAUUUUAGGAAGGGAAGAUAUUGGUUUGUUGCCAUUUUCCAUUCUGGAUAUCACUUUAGAACUGAGUUGGUAAACCAUGGUUUGUAGAUACCUAAAGUAUUUGGAUGAGAUGGGGAAAGUCUUUGAACAUAUAUAUAUAUAUUUUUUUUUUUCAAUUUCGAUAACUUGGUGUCAAAAUUGAAGCAUCAUGUUAUGUACGAGACCCAAGCCUUAUAAAGUUCUGCAGCAUAUAUAAAAAGAAAGGUAUAUACCGUAUAGUUGCAGUAGGGAAACUGCAUUCUAAAGCAUUGCACUGGUUGGUUUUAUUCAGUUAGGAAUCCAUUCAUGUGUCAGAAUGAAUAUCAUUUGCUUUCUAGCCAAGCUUAUAACAUGGGAAUGCUCUCACACAAGAAUGAUGCAUUUGGUUGCCAUGAGUAAAAGAACAUUUCUUACUUUAU